AUGCCCAUUCCUACUAUCAAUGGUAAGGUAUGCCAAUUCAUCAUCGAUUCAAGAAGUAGUGAGAAUGUGACUGCAGAAUCAGCUGUACCAAAACGUAAUCUUGAAAUCGAGCCUCAUCCCUCUCCUUAUAAACUCGGCUGGCUUCAUCAAGGCAACGAGUUAAUAAUCACACGUCGAACUCUUGUUCAAUUCUCUGCUGGGAACACUUAUAAAUACCAAAUUUAUUGCGAUCUUGUUCCAAUGGAUGCGUGUCACCUACUACUGGGACGUCCUUGGGAAUUCAAUCAUCGAGUGAUUCAUGACGGGUUCCUCAACACCUACACGUUUCGCUUCAAUGACCGAACCUUCACUCUCAAGCCAACAAAUCCAUCGGUUCCUGAACAACCUGCAGAAACAACAUCAUCUCCAAAACCGGUUCUCUUCCUUCAACGCUACCCAUUUGAAACGGCUAUGCGGGAAGAUAGAGUAGUCUUCAUCUUCCUCACCAAACCAGUAUCUCCUGACCGCUUUCACAACGUCCCACCGGCGUUUACAUAUCUCGUUCAUGAGUUUGCUGAUGUUUUUCCCGAUGAUCUUCCUGAAGGAUUACCGCCUCUUCGUGAUAUCCAACAUCAUAUUGAUUUUAUUCAUGAUGCCACUUUGCCGAACAGGGCCCAUUAG